GUUCCGACGCUUACAGCGGUACGGGAAGGCAGCAGAGUUAGCUCUCAGAUGAUCCUGUCGACCUCAUAGCAACAUCAAACCUCAACGGAGAGAGUCAGCCGAUGAAACGCGACUUGUCAACAUAUCCUUUAGGGACGUGCUGCAUUACUUUUAAGAAAAAUGAUUCAAGAGCUGUCCAACCCCUCGGUGUGUAUGAAGGACCCUAAGAGGGUGCAAGAGAUCCUGCAGUCCAUGAUGAAGGCUGGCUCCAACACCUUGCAGGUGAUCUCAGACUUUGACAGGACCCUGACAAGAUUUGCACACAAUGGAAAAAGGUGCCCUACCUGUCACGAUAUUCUUGACAACAGCAAACUCAUUUCCAGUGACUGCAGAGAAAAGCUAGAGGAGCUUCGUGACACGUACUACCCAAUAGAGAUUGACUUCUCGCGGUCAGUGGAGGAGAAGCUGCCUCUGAUGGUUGAGUGGUGGACCAAAGCUCAUGAACUCCUGGUAGAGCAGCAGAUCAAGAAAGACCUGCUGGCUACGGUGGUCCAUGAAUCUAAUGCCAUGCUGAGGGAAGGCUACCAGCUGUUCUUUGACCACCUGCACGAGCACAGCAUCCCGCUGCUCAUAUUCUCCGCUGGAAUAGGAGAUAUCCUGGAAGAGGUGAUUCGCCAAGCCAGGGUCUUCCACCCCAACGUCAACGUCUUCUCCAACUACAUGGACUUUGAUGAGUCUGGGGUGUUGAGGGCUUUCAAGGGAGAGCUGAUUCACAUCUACAACAAGAGGGAAGGUGCGCUGCUCAACACCGGCCACUUCCAGGAGCUGCGGACGCGGCCCAACGUGCUACUGUUGGGGGAUUCUCUGGGAGAUCUGACCAUGGCUGACGGAGUGCAGGACAUGGAGAACAUCCUCAAGAUCGGCUAUCUCAAUGACAAGGUGGAGGAGAGGAAGCAGUCAUACUUGGACGCAUAUGACAUCGUGUUGUUGAGGGAUGAAACCUUGGAAGUCCCCAACGCCGUUCUCCUCUAUCUCACUGGGAAUAAAUGAAGUCAGUGUUGUCCACAUGCCACUGGACACUCCAGGGCCUUCAGCUGAGAAAGCGCCACCUGGAUUCUUAUUGACAACCAGCUAAGAAUGGUUUAGUGAUUACUUUUUUGAUUCUACUAAAAUCUACACACAUGCCUCAGCUGACAGCCUCCCCCACACCACAUCACCCCUUUACAUUUUUUAAUCCGCUGGCCAAACUGCUCCCCGACAACACUGGAGGUUGUGGCUGUAAAUUUGCAGUCCAGCUGCUGUGCCGUGUUUACAGUGCCCAUGUGGUUAUGGGUAUUUUCUGUCUGUUUUCAUUUGUCAGAGGUUAAGUCCUGUAUGUAACCAAUAAGGGAAAACGCACAACAUAAAUGGACAACAACACUUGACUUAGCAUUUGAUUUGAAAGUGAUUUCCAGCCUUUUAUAUAACACUACUAUGAGAGUCACACUUGAGCUUAGGAAAUGAAUAUGCCAUCGCAAAUAGAUCAUUACGAGGCAGAAUGACUCACAAGAACUAACUACUACCUCAGAACUGUGACGGUAUUACGAAGAGACUUGAUAGGAUUUCACUUUCAAUCAUUUUAACUGUAUGGCUAGAAGGAAACACUUUCUACACUGUAACAUGUCAGCUUCUAAACACAUUUUUCUUUACCAUCCUUUGUGGACAGUAGGCCACAUUUGUUUUUUUGUUUUAUUCUUCCUUUUUUUGUACCAUCAUCUGAACUCAUUUCUUCAUGUGUUCCAGUUGAUUUGAAAUAAAAAUAAAAAUAAAAAGAAGUGUU